AUGGAUUCUUUAAUAAAGGAACAUAAAAAUAAUAAUUCAAUAUCAAAAUAUAGCAGCGAAAUUAAAUCAGAAGAUGGUGCUUUGGUGCUACUUACAUCUGGAUCUACUGGCAAACCAAAAGCAGCCUUAGAUUCUGAACUAGCAAUCGUAAAUAACACCUAUUUCAGUGGAAUAAGGAAUGAAUUCAAUCUUGGGCAUCAAAUCGUUUGUAUUCAGGCCCCAUUAUUCCACGCAUUAGGAUCCAUAGUAACGUUGCUGUCCUGUCUACAACAUGGAGCGACGGUCAUACUCGCUUCUCCAGCAUACAGCCCGUCAGCUAGUUUACAUGCAAUUUGUGCUGAAAAGUGCACUGCUAUAACAGGAACUCCAACGAUGUACGUGGAUAUUUUGUCGAUAAUGAAGGGCAAGGGCGAUUUACCUAUAAACUUAAAUAUGGCACUAGCAGCUGGAGCACCAUGCAGUCCCGAACUAAUUCAUCGAAUAAAAGACCAAUUAAAAUGUAAAUCAGUUAGAGCUCUUUAUGGAUUAACUGAAACCACUGCUUGUGUAUUUCAAUCAUUGGCUACUGAUGACGUGAAUACGGUUUCCCAAACUGUUGGAUAUAUAACUGACCAUGUGGAACUUAAGGUGGUAGAUAGUAAUAAUAAUAUUGUUCCGUUUGGAUGCUCAGGAGAAUUGAUGGUUAAAGGGUACAAUAACAUGAUUUGCUAUUUGGAUGAUCCGGAGAAAACUAAAGAGACGAUAGCAGAAGAUGGUUGGCUUCAUACUGGUGAUAUAUUCACAAUAAAUCCAGAUGGUUACGGAAAAAUAGUUGGCCGUGCAAAAGAUAUAAUUGUUAGAGGUGGAGAAAAUAUUGCUCCCAAAGAAAUUGAAGACUGUUUGAACACGCAUCCAGACGUCAUAGAGAGUCAGGUGAUCGGUGUUUCGGACGAAAGACUUGGAGAAGAACUUUGUGCCGUAGUCAGAAUCCGAGAGAAUGCAACAUUUACAUCUAAUGAUUUAAAGAAACACUUUAUGGGAAAACUAGCUACGUUUAAAAUUCCUAAAAUACUUAAAAUUACUCAAGAAUUUCCGAAAACAACGUCUGGGAAAAUACAAAAGUAUAGAUUAAAAGAAUUAGUAGAAUCUGGAAAAAUUUAA